AUGGGUCUUGUCCCCUCACGUGAGUCGCUCCACGCGGCGGCCACCGCGCCAGACACGCCGCUGCCCUACAUCAGCCGCCCAGUCGAGAGCUACGUGUACAAGACAAACCGGACCGAGCGCACCUUCGGCUCUGGAGUGCCGGGCGUCGUGACGGGUAUGACGGCCCUACCGGCGGCGCUGCCUAGCGCGACGACGGCGGUGCUGCAUGGCGCUCCGUCGCUGGAGCUGUCUCAGAAGGUCACCAACGAGCUGCCGGAUGCGGUGUUCAUCGACGACCCGGCCGAGGCGACGGCGGCGGUAGCGUCGGCUAUGGCGGCGAAUCGUCCGGCCCGACGCGGUGGCGGCAGUGGCGGGCCGAAGGGAAAAGCGCAAGGCGAAGCUCCCGGCGGCACGGCAGCCGAGGAGAGCACCGCCGCACAAGCGCUGCGCUCCGGCAAGGUCCCUUUUGUCUACUACUACGAACAUCGGGUGCUGCCGCUCACACAGGAGUUUUUCCCAUCGCCGGAUUGCGUGCUGUUUCGGCAGCUAUGGCACGCACGUCAGCAGCAGAACCCCCGCUACCACUUCCAGCUCGAUCAGACGUGGUCGCCUGGCGCGUUGCUGGACCCGACGGCGCACUACGAGUCGUUUGUCCAGCUCGCCACGAGCAACUUGGCAGAUGUGCAGGCGACGUGUCUCACCGCGGCUGGGGCUGCCCCGACGAGAGGGAGCGUGCUGCAGGCCCAGGCAGACCUCGAAGCUGCGAAGGCGGAGCUCAACGUGGCGGAGGGCGGCCCGACGCCGGCGAGGGGCAGUGCGGGUGGGAAGGCGGCUCCGUCACCGGUGCCCUUUGCGACUCGCGCAGCCUUCUACAACUUGGUCGUGCGUACGACGGAGGAGUCGAUGCUGUACGAGAGCGACGACGCGCUGCGACACGCCGUGCGGGACGCGGCCAGCACCGGCGACGCGGGUGCGCAGCGCAGGCGCCGCCUCCGGCCCGUGCCGUGCGCCAUUGUGCUGGUGCGGCGGUGCAUGACCGCGCAGGAGUACCGCUACACCUACUACCUCGCCAGCCACGAGCGCCAUCAUCGGCCCACCGACGGCGCUGCCGCUGCUGCUGCGGACACCGUUUUUGGCGGCGUUCAAAGGGCGAAUUCGGGGCCACGCCGCGGAUUGGAGAGUCAGCGGCGGGAUGUGCAGGCGAUUGCCGUGACAGGGAAUGCGGUACGCACCGCGGUGGAGGAGGCGCAGCGGGCGCUGCGUGCACGUCGUGGUCCAGAUGGCAGUGCGUGGGAAGCCCACGACGAGGGAGAGGAGAGUUUGAUGGUGCCGUGGCUGCAGGUGAGUGCCCCGCAGACCCCACUUGACCUCGCGGAGGUGCGCGUGGUCGGCAUGUAUGGCUGCUGGACGUUGGAGGAGAUUUUGCGGCACUCGUUGUUCCUCCCGAUGGGACCGCGUAGUGCUUCGACGGAGAAGAACGUGAACGGUGCUGCUGUCGUGUCAACGCAAGAAGCCGCACAGGACGCAGAGACACAGGCGAGAAUCGAUGCCAUCCUGCGCCGCGCCUGCCCGCACGGUGUGCCCUCCUCGACGCUGCUCAACGUCGGCUUCUUUGAGAAGCAGGUUGGCGACAAGGAGCAGUGCCACACCUACUUCUCCCUCUGCCGGCUCUUCGCACACGGUAUGCGGGAGUGCCUCCUGCGUGACGUAAUUCGCGCGGCGUCCGUCUCCGUGUUAGCGACGACGCUCGGCGCUGACGACACGGGUGAUGGCCCGAUGGACGUGGAGAGCGAACGGGAGCGGAUGGAGGCGGAGCUGCGGGAGAUGAAGCGCCAGCAGGAGCACCCCACCUGGCAGCGGUUUCUACGCCUUUUGGCGGGGGAGAACAAACCGAAUGGAUGUGGUGGCGGUGGCGGUGGCGGUGCGCAUGACGAACAUUCGGCCUUCGCGGACUUGGCGAAUUGUUUUCUGAUCCGCUUCUCCUAUGUGCCGCAGUUGCAGCUGUGUCGUCAACUCCGCCUGCUGCUUACGGGGAUGGCCAGCAUGUACCCGGAGCCCAUCUCGCUCGAGGCAUUUCAGGCGGCACAGCGACAGCGCAACGUGGCGGCGAUGGCCAAGAAGCAGCACAGCACCCCCGGCGCGUCGGACGCGGAGGGGCAUGGCGGGGUGGCGGUGGUGGGGGGUGGGUCUUCGAAAGGCACCACCGCACCGCCCACGCCGUACCCCGGCAGAACCGCCGAGGCCGCCUUUACUCCGCUCGCUGACCCGGCACAGGGGUCGAUAACGUCCCUCACUACGAACACGCCCGAUGCUGCGGGAACUCCUCAUGCAGCGGGUGGGGAGCAGACGGGCGGGGUAACGCAGCGUCAGCCGGAGCCGCCUCGGCACCCGGCAGGGCCGACGCUGGAUCCGGAGGCGGUCGCCGAGCGUCGCCAGGAGCACACCAGCGAGAUGCAAAAACUGCAGCGCGACGGCUUCUGCUGCUACGCGUCCGACGGUCUGGUGGUGUUCCGCAUUAGCCGCGGCUGCGUGGCGCGUGCGCUAAACCAGCUCGGUUUUGCUUUGAUGAGGGACUCCAUCGAGGCGUUGUGUGUCACCCUCACUGCGGCGGCGCCACCUCCGCUGACGUACCGUGGGGAGCUGCGACCACCCAUGACAAUCGGCAAUGCCGGCGUGCGUGCGUCAACGCGGCCGAUCUCUGCGACGGGAUCCACGCGCGAUGAUGAUGAUGAUGGGGAUAUGGCGAACUACGACGACGCAGAUGCCUGCGAAGAUGGGGAGCACACCACAGUAAACUCCGCUUCCGCGACAUCGAUAACCGGCACGGAUCGUGAUGGUGCGGCUUCCUUAGACGUGACGAUGACCGCAGUGAGGGAUUUAUACUGGAACGCUGUGCGCUACUCCAGUGAUGCGGCAACCGGAUUUGCAGCGCAGCGACUGUUCCACCAUCGCAGCAGCAGCACGGAUGCUGCACCGGAGUUCCUGACACAGCUGAAAGUCGCACCCUUAGGACAGGCACCAAGUGAACUCAUCGGCGUACUGCCCCGCAACCCUAUUGAGCAACGGCGCGGUCGGCUGCUGCCCUUGCGCGGUCUUCUGCUGCAGGAGGCACGCGUCAAUCACCUUCACGCUGCUGCCGCGACCACCGCUACUGCUGUUGACGCAGGGGCCGUGUCUGAUCCGUCAGCGCACGCCAAUGCGUCCUUCUUGUUCACCCAGCAGCAACAGCUCGUGAAGGUGAGCGAGCAACACCAAUUCGACGUCUACACCGUCUCGGCCGAUUUCGACGGGAUGCCGUUUCGACGACUGGUUGAACUGACGCAUCAGGUAGAGCAGCAACGCCAUCGCCCGUUGUGCAGCGGCGGCGGGGGAGGGGGAGGCGGAGAGGAGUGGCCGGAGAUGUUCAUCGAGGCGGUAGACGCACAGGGCAACGCAGAGCUCGACAGCGUGCUCGACUGGAGUCCGAUGACGGCCUUCACCAAGCGUAUACGGAGGUCGGAGCAUCGGGGAGUGACAAGUGUGUCGGACACCGCCACGGCCACCGCUGAAAACGCGGCUGGCCACGGCGAGGCCAACAACGGAGGGGAGGCCACCGCACCCGUGCACCUCAGCCAGACACCGCACUCCGCGCUCGACUCGGUGUCGUCCUAUGUGAGCGGUAGAGCAUUGAACCCGAUCACGGUGCCCAUCCGCGUGCACGACCCGGACCGCAUUCUCCACACGGGCGACCGCAUUCGCUUUGCCACCUCUCACGCAACCAGCACCGCCACCACGGCCCACACCCCGUCCACCACCGGUAACACACAGGGGCUAUCGUCGCUGCUCGGAGACGUGACAUCGCCAUCGUCGACCUCGGCGGAGUUCAUUUCUCUCCACUCCACGCCGGCCGGCACUCCUCCACGGCGUCCCCACAAAGCUGGCAGCGGUACGACAGCCGUCCGCUGCGGUUACUGGUACGUCGACGACGCCCUGACGACGGAGGACGUCGUGUUGUCGUGGAUGCGGCGCGUUAGCGGGCGGGCCCGGGAGACCCGCGGCAACGACACGAAGUGGGUCCGCUACCCCAACGCGAUGCUCAGCGUCCUCCUGCAGUUUGUGCGGGAGUGCCGGCAGCGGCCGAGUGGGAGCUGGCUGAACACGGGACACCCACUGCGGUUGCUGCAUCCAAUGGAUGAGGAACUGGUGGAGUGGGACAUGCUGCAGAACUUCCCUGACAUAGUGCGUACGCGACGCUUCCGGCAGUGGCGCUUCUCGCACGACGGUUAUGUGUAUUUUCACGGUGUGACGGUGCGCAUGCCUGGCUCGGCCCCGCCGCUGCAGGCUGCUCCCUUGCCGUCCCCUAAGCUGUCAGUCGCAGCUGCGCAGCCAGAUACCGCAACACCGACGCCUGAGCCAAGCACCAAGCUUACAGCUCGUGAUGGCCCGGCACGGGUGCGCCACGCAGAUGCGGCCAAUCCCGCUGCCAUCUCCACCCCAGCACAGAAGUCUGCCCCACUCGGUGUUCGGCAACCCCAAUACCAGCAGCAGCAACAGCAGCAGAAUGUAUUUGCGGGUGUACCUCGACCGCCCCCGGUUGUGCAGCGCGGCGUCUACGGCAGCACCCCACCGCACAUGGAGGGUCCCUAUGGCGACUCCAACCCCUACCCGAAUACCAACUACCAACCGAACGUUUCCCCACGUAUUGUCUACCAGAUGAGUCCCUUCAACCCUAACGGUAUACCAAGGCAAAAGCAGCGGCAAUUCCAGCAGCAGCAGCAAUUUCAGCUCGAACAACAGCCGUACCAGCAGAUGCCAUCACAGCAAGUACCGCCUCAACAGCCCUACUACUAUGCAAACCCCGCCAACGCAAACAACGGAGUGCAGCCACCACUGCCACCGCAGCCACCGCAGCGGCAGAACAAUGUGACCAUGUACGUUCCCGUGACCUACACUGUGGAGCCGUACUACAUGCAGCAGCCCGCCACGAUCGUCUCCAUACCCCAGCCGCCCGCCAACGUCAGCGUGACGCCGCCCAGCCUCAGCUCCUUCCAACACAACAACUCCAGCAGCAACAGUAACACCCUUUACUUUGGCGACACCGACGCGGCGAACGCACCCGCACGCAACGGAGGCCACAACGACACCAGUGGCCGCUCCAUGGGAGGCGGCAAUCAGCAGAUGCACUUCUCGCUGCACCACGUUGAUAGUGAAACUUCUCUGCGCUCCUACGACCUGGCAGCGUCGAAUGCAAUGCUGGAACCUACACGCGUCACGGGCAGCUUCUACGGUGAGUUCUGCGGUCAAAGUCCGCAGCAGCUCCAACAGCCACCACCAGUUCCGCCACAGCAGCAGCCGCAACAGCUGACACCGCUUAUGGGCGCCAGUAUGCACAGCACUUCGGACUGCCGCAACGAGGCGUGGCAAGGUAGCGAUGCGCAGGCUUCGCAGGGGAUGCAGACGCCCGACGGGAGCGCGCUGACGUCCACCCCGAUGCACCAGGAUUUGCAGACGUGCCCACCCACAACCGGCGCGGAUGUGAGAACCAAUCCCGGCAUUCCCCAUGCGCUUCAUGCGCUCACCGCGCAAGGCGGCACGCAGCGCAUGAGCCUUCACCCGCAACCGCAACAGCAGCGCUACGACUCGGUGCAGGGCAGCAAUGUCAGUCGUCGCAGCACGGCCGACUACCCGCCCAGGCGCAUCGGCGCAACGUUCCUAGCUGGCGGUAACAACAAUAACAGCAGCAGCAGCGGUAGUGGUGAUGGUAGUGGCGGUAAUGGCAAGGGUACGGCUCUGGCCACGGUGGCGCAUCCCACGGUGCAGCGGGCGGUGAGUCGGCCGAUCCAAACCGUUCACGUUGACCCGACAAAGCGCGAGGUGGUGACGACUGCCGGUGAGACCGGCGCUCCGCUGCGUCUGCCCAUCCCGAAGAUUCGCACGGCGCAGCGUCACGAUGAGCCGAGUGCGCCGACACCUCUUCAUUCGCAACAGCAGCUGCAGGGGCCAGUAUCGAUGUCUCCGCAUCUCAGCUCUGCCUCGGGCUCCUUCCGCGACGUCGCUGCUGCCGCUGCUGCUGGGGCACCGACGGACGUCAUCGAGGCCGACGGUAUUACGGUGCACGUGAUGCAGCGGAAGCCGUCCGUGGCGCUGCGACGAGCCAUGACAUCUGUUUCCCUCGUGUCCCCCGUCUCCGCGCGUCGCACUGCGUGGAACUCUUCUUCUUUCAAUGGAGGCGGUGGAGGCCCACUGUCCCCACAAGCCGUUAGCCACCACACGAGCGGCUUCCCCCACACCGCCAGCACCGGCGACGUGGAGGCUGCAGCAGCGGCGGCCUGCUACGGCGCUAUGGGUGUCUCCCCCACCGGCGGCGUUGACGCGACCAUCACAGGAGCGGGACCCACCACCGCCGCCUCCGCCACAUCCCCCGAGGACUGUCCAGACAUGUUGGCGCUAGUGUCCUACGAGAUGCCCGCCGCCUUGACACCGAUGAGCAGCUCCCAGGCAAACUCGUCCCGUGCCGGUGGGGGGACGCGUGCGACGGCCACCGGCGUGACGACGCCUCCUCAGCGACACCGCAGCGGGCGGGUGGCUCACAACCCGUACGCGACGCACGACAUGGGCACUGCGCACGCCGCGACGUCCCCCACUACCACCACAUCCACCCUGGCGCACACCUCGUCCUACACCCACGGUGGUGGUGGUGGUGACGCGCACGGUGGAACGGCGACGAGUGGCCGGGCGCAGGAGCUGCCCAGAGGACCGAGCGGGCAGGACGCCUUCCAGGCGGCACUCGAUGCGCAGUACGGCGGCAGCAACGACUUUGGCGCGGCGGCGGGCCGCGUCUCCUCGUCCUACCUCGCGCCGCAGAAGACCACCUCCGCGACAGCGCACGGCGUGCUGUACAGCCGCAGCGGCGGCAGCCUCACGGCAGAGGUGCAGGAGAAGCACAACUCCUUCUACGCCGCCCCAGAGGGGGAGGGAGAGCCGGUGCAGUCGUACUCGAGUCACGAGAUGUACCGCGACCGGAUCGCAGACGGCACGACGCAGGGCUUCUACUUCUCGAUGGACGGCCCGAAUGAGGAGGAGGGCAAUGCAGCACAGCAGCUCUACGGCAGAGAUGACAGCGCUGGCGGUCGAAGCAGACAACGACUGGAGGGCUCGCUGACGCGCACCGGCAGCACGCCCUACGGCAACAUCCCCGCUCCUCCUGCCCUUCAUCGCUCCCAGCGUGGCUCUUACCAAUGA